GGUUCUUCAAAGUAGUAGUCGGAAAGUAGUAAGUAGCGACUCGGGCGUUGAACAGGACGGGGCUAAAGACGAAGCGGCUUUUACUCUGAAGACCAAAAUUAUAACCGGAAUAUUAUCGAUGGCUUUUAUACAUUAGUUUGACGGUUGUGCGGGAGACUGUAAAUCACUUCCUGAUUUUACACGUGACAAUGAUGGACAUUCCACGUGUUCCGUGGCAGGAGCAUGUUGCCCAGCGGUGGAGAGGACUUUCUCCUGGGGACCGGCGGAGGUUCACAUCCCUGCAGGACAUCGACGCUGUCUUCAAGUUCGCUGCUGAACAGACAACUGAAGAAGAUGUGGAUGUUCUGCAAGGGAUCGCCAAGGGUUACCGGGUGCAGAAGGACGCAGCGCGAGCUGCCCUCUGCAGGGAGCGUGGAAACAGCAGCUUCCAGAUCAGAGACUACACAGCUGCUGCGCUACACUACUCACAGGGUGUGUGUUCUUCCCCCCGGGGCUCAGAGCAGCUCUCUCUGUGCUAUGCCAACCGGUCUGCGUCGCUCUUCCAUUUACAGCGGUACCAGGAGGCCCUGGCCGACGUGGCCAGUGCCCUGCAGCACGGCUAUCCUCCUCACCUGAGGCCCAAGCUGGAGGGCCGGCGGGGGCAGUGCCUGGGACGGCUGUCUGAGGGGGGGGGGGCGGAGCCUAAAGACUCAGGGGGGAAGGACGGCCCCCACGACGACCCGUCUCCAUCUGAACACCGGGUGGUCGCUAGUGGGGAUCCCGGCGCUCAGAUCUCCCCCUGCGUGUCGGUCUACUUCCACCCAGAAAAAGGGAGACAUCUGGUGGCCACUGAAGGGGUGGCAGCAGGGGGGCUGAUCAUGGUAGACCAGCCCUACAGCUGCGUCCUCGUACCCGGGACCGAGGCCCUCAAAGGGAAGCCGGGGAGGAGGAACCAGGUGGAAGCGGCGUCCUUCGGGACGGAGGAGCGGCGAUGUCACCGGUGUCUCCGUGAGACCCUGAGCACCCUGCCCUGCGAGGGAUGCUGCUACAGCCGCUACUGCUCGGAGGCCUGCCGCCAAGGGGCCCGGGAGGAGCACCACCGCUGGGAGUGCCCCGUCGGAGCGGAGCUGGCCGUGACGGGGCUGAUGUCCCAGCUGGCGCUCCGGGUGGCGCUGAAGGCGGGGUGGGAGAAUGUCCAGAGGGCGCGGAAAUCGGUCACGGAACGGGAAUCAUCCGGACCAAAGCUUCCGGGCGGCGUCUCCGUUGACGCUUCGCCCGCCACGGACGAAGGCCACUCUUCUGACGUCUACGUCAGCGUCUACCGCCUGCUCCAUCACCUGGGUCGCCAGAGCCCCGAGCUACGCUUCCUGUGCGCGGUCACCAUAGCGACCCUCUUCCUGAAGCUGAGGCGGGCGGGGCCGCCGCCCACCUCUUGGGGCGGCGGCGGUUCCCCUCGGACGAACCUCAGCCAAGAAGACGCAGGCUGGCUCCCAGAGCACUGGCUGCUGGGUAGUGUAGUUCUAAGGCACAUGCUGCAGCUGAGGUGUAACGCGCAGGCGGUCAGCGUCCUCCAGGCUGAAGGUGCCGGGGGCUCCAGGGUUCAGGCCGUGCACGAGGUCCAACUCGCCAGCGCUCUGUUCCCCGCCCUCAGCCUCCUCAACCACGGCUGCCGCCCCAACACCAGCCUGCAGUUCAGCCCCCCCCCAGCAGGGCCCCCCGGAGGGGUCACACUGGCCGUCAGAGCGGCGGAGGACAUCGCUCCCGGACAGGAGGUCCUGCACUGCUAUGGUCCUCACAGCAGCAGAAUGCAGACUGCUGAGCGCCAGCGCCUCCUGCUGGCGCAGUACUACUUCCACUGUGGCUGCGCCGCCUGCUCCCAGCAGCCUGGAGGCCCGUCUGGAGGCCUGUCUGGAGGCCUGUCUGGAGGCCUGUCUGGAGGUCUGCCCGGAGGUCUGCCCGGAGGCCCGUCUGGAGGCCCGUCUGGAGGCCCAUCUGGAGGCCCGUCUGGAGGCCCGUCUGGAGGUCUGCCCGGAGGCCCGUCUGGAGGCCCAUCUGGAGGCCUGUCUGGAGGCCCGUCCGGAGGCACGGAGCUCCAGGGCCUCCAGUGUGAGGUGUGCAGGAGCCCCCUGCAGAUCUGUGCGGACGGGAGGGGGGGGCCGGUCUGCGGCCGGGCCCCCUGCUGCUCUGAGCUGAGCCUCAGACUGCAGGAGGUCAAGGGUCACCUGGAGACGGCUGGGGGGCACCUGGACGGAGACCGGCCAGACGAGGCCCUGGUGUUGCUGAACAGCGCGUCCCGCGCCGCUGGAGCGCUGCUCUCUGAGAGCCACCCCCUGCUGGGAGAGCUGGCAGACGCCCUCGCCCGCGCUCACGCUGCCCGGGGUGAUUGGAGGAGGGCUGCAACCCAGCUGAAGCUCAGUACGGUGGCCACAGAGGUUCAGUACGGGGGGCGGAGCCUGGAGCUGGGACGCCAGCUCUUCAAACUGGCCCAGCUCCACUUCAACGGAGGCCAGCCUGCGGACGCCCUGGCUGUGAUCCCCAGAGCUCAGAGCCUGCUGCUGCUGCACUGUGGUCCCCACUGCCCGGAGAUGCACGAGCUGCAAGCCAUGGAGGAGUGUCUCACAGGGCAGCGCGGGAGGCCACCGAAACACCUCUAGCCGUGCCCAGCGCUUCUACUGGUGCACAUUGUAAUUUAAUAAAUAGUAUUCAUGUCAC